AUGGGUGGAGUGACCGGCCAUCGCGAACAUACCGGUAUCAAACCCACUGUGCCAGCAAUCCCAAGCUCAAGUUACGAGCCUCUCUCUUACUCUCUACCGAUUGUCGAGAUUGAAGUCUAUCGUGCCGAUGUGUAUAUGCGGGACGAUCAGCCGCCGACCGCCACACUGAUUAACACGCCAAAUCGCCUUCGGUACAUGCUGCUCAAGUCCCAGGGACCCGUCUGUCGCUUCGAGAUCUGGCCUAAGAACCAUCCGCAUCCACCACAAUCAGAUCCCGCCGGUCUUUUCAGCAUCAGUGGCACCAGGCCAGCAAUGAGGCGAAGCCCCCCUGAGCCAGUUUCUGGCAAAGGAAGGGGAAAACCACCGUUCACGAUUCCGGUUUAA